AAACACAGCUGUCAGGCGAGCCACAAGGACCGGUCGGGGGACCACUGCAUUUAAGCCUUAUUAUGGAAGUUUUACCCACAUUUAUGGAUGUGGAACACAAUAGAGCUUACAUUGACCAGUUGUAUUCCAAUGACUCCCAGAAAUGCUUCCAAGCAGUCAGUGAACUCAAAUUUGCUGUGAUCGGAAGUGUACGUGAGAAGGGGUCCAUUAUUGAGCAAGGAGUGGUGGUAAGACUUCUACAGAUCAUCCGAGCGCCGGAAUUAGACAACUUGCUUAAGACUGAGGUUGUAACAGUUCUGAAUUCACUCGCUAAGGGUCUGCCAGAGCAUGCAGUGUCCCUCGUACAGGCCGGACUGUUGCCAGCACUCUGGGAACAGCUUGAAGCAUGUGUUGGAGGAAGUGGGACGAGUGCGUACACUCAGAUGAUCCUGUGCUGUCUGAGGUCGGUGUACCGGCAGGGCUGUGCACCGCCGCCGCCAUCGUGGGAUCAUAAGCUUCUCACCACCCUCAUACAACACGGGUAUCACCCCCCCAGCAACCAGGAGUGCGUUGCCAACAUCCUUGCUCAUGCCUGCAAGGUAUCCAGGACCUGUGAGCAGCAGCAGCAGUUGGUGGAUGCAGGCGGAGCGGACCUUGUGGCUUGCAUGCUGUGUUCCCCCGUCUCCAGAGUUCAGCUUCCUGCGUUACACUGUUUGGCUGCUAUGUGCUAUAACAAUGAAAGAGUGUCAUCUGUUAUAGCUACCAAAAGUUACGGAGGAAAGGCCGUACCAGACCUACUUGUAGGGCUCAUGGCUCGGGAUCGGCCUCGGGAUAUGCAACUUGCAGCAGCCACGUCACUAACGUUCUUGCAUCGUGCAGGGGCAAUCUCGGCAGAUGACCCUAAAAUCAUAUUUAAGACAUUACAGUGUUUGGUACGAAUGUGUCGACGGGACCGCGAGGUGUGGGAGCGAGUGGAAGCGGCUAACACUCUUGCAUACCUAACAGAAGUGAGCACAGAUCUUCAGAGAACCGCAGCCAUGACUGACCAUCUGAUACACACCAUGAAUGAUUAUCUUAAAGACACAUCUACGUCGCCCGGAACUAAUGUUCCCCAGGGAAUUUGUGGUUCCCCUAUUUCGUGUCGACAGUAUGACAACCCAAGCACGUGGCCCGAGCUAAUGCUAGAAGCUGCACUUAAAGUAUAUGCUUCUCUAGGAGCUAACGAUGAAGAUAUCCGACAAAGAGUCAUUAAGACGGAUGGCCUUAUGAAUACCAUAGUUACGUCACUGUCGGCAGCUUGUCCGCCAGUCCAACUAGCAGCAGUAAGGUGCCUCCACUCUCUUUCAAGAUCUGUUCAUACACUCAGGACAACUUUUCAGGACCACAUGGUGUGGAGACCUCUGAUGACGGUGCUCAAAACCUCUAGUAGUGAAGAACUGGUGACAGUAGCGUCCUCUACGCUCUGUAACCUCCUGCUGGAGUUCUCGCCGUCUAAGGAGCACAUUUUGGAUCAGGGAGCGGUAGAGUUUCUAUGUGGUCUCACGAGACGGCCACACCCUGGACUCAGGCUAAAUGCUGUGUGGGCUUUAAUGAACAUGGCGUUCCAGGCGGAGCACAGAGUGAAGGUUUCCAUUUUGCACCACUUGGGAACGGACCAAAUCUUCCGCCUGUUGUCGGAUACAGACGUGCACAUCCUCAUGAAGACCCUGGGGCUCCUGCGUAACCUCCUCUCCACCAAGGGACACAUAGACCAAAUUAUGCAGUGCCAUGGUAAAGAAAUAAUGCAGGCCAUUAUUUUGAUUCUUGAAGGUGAGCACUCGGCUGAGGUCAAAGAACAAGCCCUCUGUAUCCUGGCCAACAUUGCUGAUGGAGACAUGGCUAAAUCUGCCAUUAUGUCGAAUGAAGAUGUCCUGAAAAAGCUAAUGAAUUAUAUGGUUAUACCAAACGUCAAACUUCAAAUAGCAGCAACGUUUUGCAUAAGUAACCUCAUUUGGAACGUGGAGGAAGGUGCCGCAGAGAGACAAAACAAACUUCGCGAGAUGGGUGUAUAUAAGCUACUACAAAACCUGAUGACGACAACUGACACAGCAUUGUUUGACAAAGUGAAGACAGCGUUGCAGCAGUUUCACUAAUAAGUCUGGAGCUGCCGGUGUAGUUGAGUACGAUGACCACACGCUACUGUAUAAUGCUUGUGGUGCCCUUCACGCAAGGGAGGGGGGGGGGGUGUUUUAGGUUGUUUAACUUAAACGGAAGCUACAAUAGAAAGGCCAUGCUGUAGGUAAAUUAUUAUUAUAUUCUUAUGUACAAUGCAGUCCAUGGAAAGUUUUUCACCGAGGUUUAGAAAAGUGUUCCGUCGUCCGCUGCUCAUCCUGUAUGUUAACGUGUACAUAUUACUUAUUGUUAAGAGAGAAGAAAUUGAUAUAUAAGUAAUGACAUUUUUUAGCUUUAUUUUUGUGAAUGUAUGUGAAAGAAAAGUGGAAAUUAAAUAGCUAUAUAUAUAUAAGUGUGGCUUAUGUCAUUAUUUUAAUUCCUAGAGCCUGAGUUUGUGUACAUCUUACGCCAAGUCAUACUGUUGUCACUUACAUAUUGUACAUUUUAGCAUGAUUUUUAUUAUAUUAAGAUUGUUUAAAUAGGCUUAAUGGUGCAUACAGCAUGUGGACCAUAAUGCAAAUAUUAAUUAAAAAUCUGCAUUUUUGUAAUAUAGAUUCUCAUUUAGUCAGACAAACCUAUAAUAUUUUGUUUUCACCUCACUAUUGGUCGAGUCGUGACAAAUGAACAUUUAUCUAGAGCUGGAUAAAUUAUAUCUUUAAUAAAUAUGAUAUUGAAAAGGUGGCCAUGUAAGUCUUAUAUUCACGUAACAUUUGCAUAUCACACCACCAUGCCUUGCAGAGAUUCGCAGCCUUUUGGAUCAAUAGUCAACUCUAGGCCACAAUAUACCUGCUCAAAAUGCAUUUAAAAAUCAUGCCAAUUAUUCCCAUUUCUCUGGUCACACUGGUUUAUGCUUGAGCCCAACAACCUAUUCUGUUUCCAUUGUGGAAGCUCUGUCUGCUGUUACUCUCUGAUAUAACUCAUGUUUACUAAAACCCUUACACAGCUUUCGUUGUCAUCAUUUUCCCUCUCCCAUUUUAUCCCUUGAAAUGUCGUUCUUUUUUAUUAAAUUAAAAUAUUAUUGCAGAUC